UGCCCGCGUCGGCCGCGCCGGCAUACUCAAAAUAACUAGGCUCUGGAGGUCAGGCCAGAGCCACCCCAGACUCACUCCCUCCGACACCAGCAAGCCACCAGAAAAAUGCCCUGGAGCCCCCAGCCCCAGAUCAUGGCCCGCACCAAAGCGAGUCACAUCCGGCUGCCCGCGGAACCCGCCGAGCACCGCGUCGUCGCGGGCACGCUGACCAACCGGCGGCGCAUGGGCCAGGAGGCGCGUCGAUUGGAGCGGACGUUCGGCCCCCAACGGUUCAACCACUUGCGGCGGCCCGCGACGCCGCCGCCCGAGUGGCACAUCGACGGCGAGGGCACGCCGCCGCCGGUGCGCUACGGGCGGCCGCGGCGCGCGAAACGCGCGCCGGCGCCCGCGCCGGCGGCCGUGCCGACGGGCGACUCGGGCCACCUCGUCCUCCCCGACGACUGCGUCUGGCCGCCCCCGGACUCGUUCAGAGAGAAGUCGCAGACCGGGGGCCGGCCGAGGCCCCGGGCGGACAAGUUCGUCGCGAAGUCGAUCGUCCGCAACAACGGCGGCGCCCUGCGCCACGUCGAGCCCGAGCUCAAGGGCGACCGCGACGUCGUGCUGGCCGCGGUGCGCAACUCCGGCCGCGCGCUGGAGCACGCGUCGCCCUCCCUUAGAAACGACGCCGCCGUCGUCAAGGUCGCCGUGACCCAGGACGCCACGGCCCUCCGCUUCGCGUCGCACAAGCUCCAGUGCGACCCCGACGUCUUCGAGACGGCCAUGGCGUCGCAGGGCUCGCGUUAUGGCUGGGGCGACUCCCCAAAGCGGUCGCCGACGAAGUCGUCGUCCAUGGAAUUCCCCGCGCCGCUCUCGCCGAAAGCAAAGGACCUCGUGCCGUCGCCGCAAGCGAAGGAGCCGGGCGUCGCGCGGCAGGGAUCAGUGGUCUUGGAGGGAUCCGGGUAGCCUGGCUAAGUUUACAGGGUACUUGUUUACAUUACUUUCACCACAACAUUCGCGCCUGGUUGCCUUGAGCCCCGGUUUCGCAGGUCUAGUGCCUUACUGGACGCUAGCAUUAUUGAAGGCACCGCAGCGCGACUUCAAUCCACCUGUGUCCGACCGCUGGCCACCCAACAUUCCAUAACAGCAGCGCGUGAGACCCGCAAUCCACACCAGAACCAUGCGCAUCCACCACGCGCUCCUCUGCCUCGCCGGCGUUGCAGCCAUCACGCCGCGCGGCACCAAAGCCCUCCGCCUAAGAGGCGGUACCUUUUGUGAGUUCGAGGCCAAGCAGACGGGCGAACAAUGUGGUAUUGAGGAGCCCGAGAAGGAGGUCGUCAAGACUAUCAAGGCCUCCGUGCUCUUUCCGUUCAAGGUGCUUGGUAUCCGCGGCGGCUCCGACGAGGCCGAUGAGGAAGACGAGGACGACGUCGACGUCGACGAGGAGGAGGCGGCGGAUUUCCGCUGAGCGCCGGAGCCGCGCGGUACAAGUGCCUCCACAGACGAAGACGAAUAGCGCGCCCCGCCGUAUCUCUCCGCGGCGGCAGCGACAUCUACGAUGAUGCUGACAUCGAGGAUGAUGCUGAUAAAGGCGCGGAAGGAGAGCUCGCCGGCGCCGGCGUGGAAUGGGUGACGGCCAAACUCGAGGCAGCGGCCGCGGCGUUGGGCAAAUCCACUGGCCUCGAACAAGCCGCACGACGAGCGAGAUUAGAACAGCGCGUCGAGGACUAUAAUGCCUUGCAAAAGGCCUCGGGCACGUUUCACCGAGCGGUCUUAGUGUUACCGCUCACGCCCGAGUUCGAUCCGCCGCGCGGCCAGCCGGGCCACGGUCGCGUCCAGUUCUCGGACCGCGUCUCCGCGUCGGCGAGCGUGGGCAAGGAGCUCACGAGGCGCGCGCUGGAGGUGCCGUGGCAUUUCAAGCUCGAGCCGCUGGCCCGCAACGACGACGAGGAGCUCGUCGAAGAGCUGGGGUUCGAGGAGGUGCGGCCCACGAGGAUAUUGGGCAAGGACCCUUUGAAUAGACCCCUAAAAGCUCGAAAUGGCGACGCGUUGGGGUCGGGCAUCGGCGUCGUGCCGCCCCUGAAACGCGUGUUCUGCUCGCCUUUGGACUUCCGCGCGCCGGAGAACUUCCUGUUCGUGCCGCUAUGGAUGCUACGCGCCUUACGAGCAAAGCCGUACGACGUCGUCUUCAUGACGUGGGUCAAGCUCAACGACGGCGUCACCAUUGAAUUGCAGCCGCACCAGGACGCGUUCCUGAAGCUCGCGAACCCGCGUAGCGUCCUCGAGAACGAGCUCAAGUACUACUCGUCGGCGACGCGCGGGUCGACGAUCUCCUUGCUCUACGAGGGCAAGCAGUACGACUUCGACGUGACGGACUGCGUCGGCCGCGACGGCACGCAGCUCGACGCGUACAACCCCGAGCGCUGCGAGGGCGUCGCCAUCCAGGACGCAGACGUUUCGCUUGAUCUCGCGGCGCACGGCCUCGACAAGCCGCCCCAGAAGCAGCAGAAGGUUGCGGCGGACGGGGACGACGAUGACGAGGAGGAUGAGGAUGAGGAGGAGGAGUCGUAA